CUAGAAGAUUGGAUUGCUCUCGAACCACCAAAGCAUACAAGAAUAUGCAGCAAAAAUGGGAAAUUCUCAGAGCGCGCACAAGAUCUCAGCGCAGGACAAGGCGAUUCUAGACAUGAAAAACCAACGCGACAAACUACGUCAAUACCAGAAACGAAUAACGGUGAUAACGACCCGCGAGACCGAAAUUGCCCGCGAAUGCCUGGCCAAGGGCGACAAACCCAAAGCCCUCCUGGCGCUGCGCCGUAAGAAAUACCAAGAAUCCCUCCUGUCCAAGACGGACGCACAACUCGAGCAGCUCGAGCAGCUGACGAGCAGCGUCGAAUUCGCGCUGGUCCAGAAAGAUGUGCUUUUCGGGCUGCAACAGGGCACCCAGGUGUUGAACAUGAUCCACAAAGAAAUGGGCGGGCUCGAAGGGGUGGAAAAGAUGAUGGCCGACACGGAAGACGCGCGACGCUAUCAAGAGGAGAUCAGCGAGGCCUUGGCGGGCCAGAUGUCGAACGAAGACGAAGACGAGGUCGAGGAUGAACUCGAGGCCAUGGAAAGGGAACUUGCGGGCGUGGCAAGUGCAUUGCCCGACGCACCCAACAAGACCGUCUUGGGAGAGGCAACACUACCUGAUGUGCCGCAGACGGAGCUGGAGAGAUCACAGAAACAAAAGGAACGGGCCAAACAGAGACGCAUCGCUUUGGAGGCAGCAUGAAAUGCAUGCAUCAUGGCGGAGAAUGAUCACAGAGUCACUCCCUUUUGUUCUAUUGACUCUCUAUGGGGCUAUGGAAGCAACAAGGAGAAGAAGAGGAUUCUUAAAGUAUGCCCAUGGAUACCCGCCACCACCGGAUUUCGCAUCAUCGAUCGUCGUCGAAGAGUGCCAUCGUUCCCUUCGCAAGGCACGAUCAGCACUUUCAUACCAGGGCAAGCAUACAACCAGAGGCAAAAGGGCUACUACUGUCCCGGCAUGGAUCGAUUGACAUUAGUCAAUCCCUGAAUCAACUUGUGGUCUUGUGGGUUCGCCGCAGCCUCGUACAAGACGCUGACGGGUUCGCGGUUGAGAGCCAUGAAAUCGCCCUUGAAGCCGAGGUAGGCUAUCCUGGUGACAUCCUCGUCGCCGCCGGAGUGGUUGUCCUCGAAAAAGAGAUUGACGGAAGUCGUGCCGCUCCAGAGAGCUCGGUUCAAGGGGAUCUCGGCCACGUCGUUGGUUUUGGGAAGUGUCAGCAUCUGAGUCGGGGCCAGAUCGGAGGCCAUGCCGAAAUCCAUGUCGUCGCGGUUGCGAAAGAGUUUGAGCGUCAUGGGCGCCGAGUCGGAGUCUGAGGUUCUGAUGAGGAUGGAGUAGAGUUUACAUGAACCGGAAAACGGGACGUGCAUGAGGAGUUGCUCGUCGGCGUCACUUUCUAGGAUGGGGGUUUCGUUCAUCCGCUCGUCCCAGGUCUUUUGGACGAUGGAGGCACCCGAGCGAGGUUCGGCCUCGUUGAAUGUGAUGAUACCUUCAAAGUUGAUUUGUUUGUAGAGGUUAGAUUGAAGAGCCGGUUCUAGAUCGUGUGAGUGGUCGUGUCCAUCGCCAUGACCGUGUCCGUGGUCGUGACCAUGGCCAUGAUGAUGGUGAUCGUGAGAAGACAUUGUCUCGUUUUUCUUUGGAUUCUCUUUCAAAUGCAAUCUUGAUAUUUGUUA